AUGGCCCACCUGGGAGCCCACUUUGCCUUCAGAUCCCGCUGGCAGAAGACCGACGAUGAACUCUGUCGACAUAGCAUGUCCUUUAUUCUUCACAAGGCCAUUUGCAAUGACUUCUUUCAGAGUUACCUCUACUUGCUGGAGAAUAUUCCCCUGGUGAAAUUGUAUGCUUUAACAAGUCAAGUCAUCAAUGGUGAGAUGCAGUUCUAUGCCAGAGCCAAACUUUUCUACCAAGAAGUACCAGCCACAGAAGAGGGCAUGAUGGGAAAUUUCGUUGAACUCUCCAACCCAGAUAUCCAGGCCUCUCAGGAAUUUCUUAGGAGAUUUGUUGGGGGGCCCGGGAGAGCUGGGACGGACUGUGCCUUGGAUUGCGGCUCUGGGAUAGGAAGGGUCAGCAAGCACGUCUUGUUGCCGGUUUUCAACACCGUGGAACUGGUGGACAUGAUGGAAUCGUUCCUCCUGGAAGCCCAGAACUACCUGCAGGUCAAAGGGGACAAGGUCGAAAGCUACCACUGCUACAGUCUGCAGGAGUUCACACCCCCACUGGGGAGAUACGACGUCAUCUGGAUUCAAUGGGUAACUGGAUACCUGACUGACAAAGACCUUCUUGCAUUUCUCUCCCGGUGCCGAGACGGCCUGAAGGAAAAUGGCAUCAUUAUUCUGAAGGACAACGUGGCUCGGGAGGGCUGCGUAUUCGAUCUCUCUGACAGCAGUGUGACUCGGGACAUGGACAUCCUCGGCAGCCUCAUUAGGAAGAGUGGGCUGGUGGUGCUGGGCCAGGAAAAGCAGGAUGGCUUCCCAGAGCAAUGCAUCCCCGUAUGGAUGUUCGCCCUGCACGGUGAUGGACAUGCCUGACCAGCAGUGGGAGGAAACGGCCACACUACACAGAGGUGCUUUGGGAAGAGGUGCUCUGCUCUGAGGUGCCCCCUUGUAACUGAUGGAGGAAUGAAGGGGAGGGAGGCAAUGCAUGUCUGGAAAUGAUUGAUGUAAUUUGUACCAGUUUCCACUAAUUAUAUAAGUACACGCACACGGUCUGUGGAUUUUCCAAAAGAUACAUGGAGUGUGACAUCAGGAAAAAUGCUUUAAGAAACUGCUUGUAUACACUGAAACUGUACAAGGGCACACACACACACACACACACAAACCAGAAAAGGGAGCAAUGUUCACAAAAUCUAAACUGCUUUGGUCUCUGAAGAUUUGCAUUAUAGAUUAGUUAAGAGUGGCUGAGGUAAAAUCUAGACCACCUUUCUUGCCCUCAUGCUAGAUACAUUAUAUUUCCUUCCUCUUUGGGAAUACUACUGUCUUAGACAAAAA